AUGGAUGCCGAUAACGAGACGACACUGCAGCCCAUCCGCACUGGACGCUCGACGCGACAAUAUUUAUCACGAACGCGAUCGGACCGGUCGAACAAAUCGUACAGGUCACGCGAACGAUCUGGCUCAAGGCCAAGUCGACCAAGCAGUCCUCUACAACGACUCACCUCGGCAAACUUUAUUGACGACCAUGGUAUCUACCACCAUCACGCUGAGUCCGACUACGAGGAAAGAGUAGAGGAACAUGAAUCAGAACACGAUGGCAGCGAUGCUCUAUCACCACACUCGAGUUCGGAAACGGACAAGGAAAAGCAAGAGCCGGAUGAGAUAAUUAUGGAACCAUUCGGCGCAGAGACUGGACGCGAUCUAGAAGCGCAAUCAGAGAAUGAGAAGCCUCCGCUAUCGAGAAAGUCCACAUCCAAGUCAGUCAAGGAUCCGAAUCUAGUGACUUGGGAUGGUCCCGACGACCCAGAGAAUCCCAAGAACUGGGGCAAAGGCAGAAAGUGGGCAGCCACUCUUGUCGUUUCCUCUUUCACCUUUAUCUCACCGGUAUCCUCCUCAAUGGUUGCGCCAGCUAUCGGUGUCAUCUCCCACGACUUCAAUAUCACAAGCACUGCUGAGCAGCAAUUGGUUCUGUCCAUUUUCGUGCUUGCCUACGCCAUCGGUCCUCUUUUUCUCGGACCCAUGUCUGAGCUCUAUGGUCGUGUCAGAGUCCUUCAGAUCGCCAAUGCUUUUUACUUCGUCUGGAAUCUUGCUUGUGGCUUUGCUCAGAACAAAGGAGAAAUGAUGGCUUUCCGCUUUCUAGCUGGACUGGGCGGUAGCGCUCCUCUUGCUAUCGGUGGUGGUAUGCUCAGUGACUGCUGGAAGGCAGAAGAGAGAGGCAAGGCCAUCAGUAUCUAUUCACUAGCACCAUUGCUAGGACCCGCAAUUGGCCCUAUUGCUGGAGGUUUCAUCGCUGAAAACACCACUUGGAGGUGGGUAUUCUGGUCAACAUGUAUCGCCUGCUUCUUUAUCCAACUUUCGGGCGUCUUCUUCCUGCAAGAGACGUAUGUCCCAGAAUUGCUGAAGCGCAAGAAGCUGCGCUUGAUCAAGGAGACUGGAAACACAAACCUACACACCGAAUAUGAUGAUCCAAACCGCAAGCUCUCCGUUCAUCUGAAGACGGCCUUCACCCGUCCUUUCGUCAUGAUCGGAACCCAGCCCAUCGUCCAGUUUCUGGCCAUCUAUAUCGCCUAUGUGUAUGGUCUCAUGUACCUCGUCCUCUCCACCUUCCCAGGCCUCUGGACAGGCAUCUAUGGCGAAUCUACCGGAAUUGGUGGUCUCAACUACAUCUCGCUAGGCCUCGGAUUCUUCCUCGGCACACAGAUCGGCGCCCCAUUGAACGACUACUUCUACCGCACCCUCAAAAAGAAGAACAACAACGUCGGCCGCAGCGAGUUCCGCGUGCCCCUCAUGUUCCCAGGCUCUGUACUGAUCCCCAUCGGCCUGUUCAUCUACGGCUGGACCGCCGAAUACAAGACCCACUGGAUUGGGCCUAACAUUGGCGCUGCCAUAUUCUCCGCAGGCAACAUCUUGGUCUUCCAGAGUUGUCAGACGUACAUCAUUGAUAGUUACCAGAGAUAUGCGGCUAGUGCUGUUGCAUCCACGACGGUGCUGAGAUCGCUUGCCGGCUUUGGAUUCCCGCUGUUUGCGCCCGCUAUGUACGAUGCGCUGGGCUAUGGAUGGGGCAACUCUGUGCUAGGAUUUAUUGCUGUUGGGCUUGGGUUGCCUGCACCAUUCAUUCUGUGGAAAUUUGGUGAGAGGUUGAGGGCGAGGAGCAAGUUUGCUUCUGGAGCUUAA